AUGACUCGCCAAUCCUCGUCGCUCUUCUACAAGGGCCUUGAGGAACUCGGCCUCCUCUCUCUAUGGCAAGCACCCCGAGAUGCAAAGCUCCUCAUCGCCCAGCGUUUCGUUCGACUAUUUGCGUAUGGCGGCUCGACUUUGAUUUUGGCUUCAUAUCUAUCUGCUCUAGAUAUCUCCGAUGACCACAUUGGCCUGUUUAUGACCCUGACUCUCGUCGGGGACGUGGCUAUCAGCUUCCUCUUGACCCUCUUCGCCGAUGCAUUAGGCCGCAGAGCUGUUCUGGCUCUUGGUUCGGCCUUGAUGGUUGGCAGUGGGAUUACUUUUACGCUUUUUGGAAACUACUGGCUUCUCCUUGCGGCCGCUGUUUUUGGUGUUGUUAGUCCAAGUGGCAAUGAGAUUGGUCCCUUCAAAGCAGUUGAGGAGUCCACUCUCGCCCAUCUCACUCCACGUGAACUACUGCGUGAUAUUCUGCUAUGGUACUCUCUCGUUGGAACGGCAGGGACAGCUCUCGGAGUAAUGAUAUGCGGCUGGGCUAUAAACCUGCUGCAGACCGAGAGAGGCUGGGCAUAUAUCCCAGCCUGUCGUACGGUAUUCCUCGCGUAUUCCGCCAUCGGGGCUAUCAAGUUCAUUCUGUCCAUGGCAUUAAGCCACAGGGUGGAGGCAGAAGUCAAGAAGUCGAAGCCGGAGACGGAACACCAGCAACCCAGCGAGGCGAGCGAAACCCAACCCCUCCUUGAGGAGAGAACGACGGAAUCCGAACAACAGGCUCAACAGCAGCCCGAACGUAAAGGGUUCCUCUCUUUCCUCGGCGAUGGAGACCUCGCUUCCUUGGUGAUUCGUCUUUUUAUCCUCUUCGGUCUCGACUCGUUUGCUUCGGGUCUUGCUUCUCUAUCAUGGAUGACAUAUUUCUUCAAGCGAAAAUUCUCACUACCUGAGGGAAAGCUUGGCUCUAUCUUCUUCACAACAAGCAUCAUCUCCGCCGGCUCAAUGCUAAUCGCCUCUUCCAUCGCAAAGCGCAUUGGUAACGUACGAACAAUGGUCUUCACGCACCUUCCGUCAGCAAUAUUUUUAGCACUGAUGCCCGUUCCCUCGCUCCUCCCGCUCGCAUUAACCUUCCUCGUCCUCCGCGCCUGCUCCCAGAACAUGGACGUUGCGCCGCGCUCGGCGUUCUUGGCUGCAGCACUGCCGAGUGAUAAGCGCACGGCGAUCAUGGGGUCUAUUAAUGUUGUGAAAACAUCGGCGCAGAGUAUGGGCCCAUUAAUCACUGGUGUUCUUUCUGACAGGGGAUUCUUUGGGGCGAGUUUUAUUCUUGCGGGAAUUCUGAAGUGCAUUUAUGAUAUUGGGAUUUUGAUUAGUUUUGUGGGGUUGGAGAAGGGGAGGGAGAGGGAAUGGGAAAGGGAAAGGGUUAGUCAAGGAGGGAGUGAGGAGCAGGUCUGA